GAGAGGAGCACCAAGCAUCACUCUGACAAGACCGCUCGAGACUGCACACAGGAGCAAAGGAAAACUACCUGGAUGACUGAAUAGGACCUCACUUAAUACAACUGUGACUGUUUUUAGCUCUUUUAAAUCAUCAAAGGAUGGGGGAAUCAAAGGAAUCUGGUGCAGAGGAGAGACCCAAAUGGGACAACAAGGUCCAGUACAUGCUGACAAGCAUUGGCUUUGCAGUUGGACUUGGAAAUGUGUGGCGUUUUCCCUACCUGUGCCAAAUCUAUGGAGGGGGUGCAUUCAUCAUUCCUUACCUGAUUGCUCUGGCUUUUGAGGGCCUCCCACUGCUCUACCUGGAGCUGGCGAUUGGACAGAGGCUCCGAAUGAGCAGCGUGGGAGUCUGGAGAUCCAUUUCUCCACUGCUGGGUGGAGUCGGCAUAUCAUCCAUGAUUGUAUCAUUCCUGGUAUCCCUGUACUACAACACCAUCGUGGCCUGGGUGCUCUGGUACUUCUUUCACUCUUUUCAAGAGCCGCUGCCAUGGAGCCAGUGCCCUCUGAAUGAAAACAAGACAGGCUAUAACAUUGAGUGUGAGAAGAGCACAGCAGUGAAUUACUUCUGGUACCGUGAGACCCUGAACAUCACUCCUGACGUCGGGAUCAGCGGCUCCCUGCAGUGGUGGAAUGUUGUCUGCUUGGUCAGUGCCUGGUCUGUGGUCUACAUCUGCUUCAUCAAAGGCAUUGAUUCCAUAGGAAAGGCUGUUUAUUUUACAGCUACAUUCCCCUACUUGGUCCUGACCAUAUUCCUGAUCCGUGCUCUCACUCUGCCUGGAGCUACUGACGGCCUGGUGUAUCUCUUCACUCCUGAUUGGGAAAUACUGAAGAACCCCAAGGUUUGGUUAGACGCUGCGACCCAGAUCUUCUUCUCUCUUUCUAUAGCAUUUGGCGGUCUCAUAGCAUUCUCCAGCUAUAACCCAGAGAAAAAUAACUGUGAAAGAGAUGCCCUUGUUGUUGGAAUAACAAAUAGUGCAACAUCAAUUUAUGGAUCAAUUCCCAUUUUUGCCAUACUGGGAUUUAAAGCCAAAACUGCUUUCAACAAUUGUCUAGAAGAUAACAUCUUGACUCUGACCAACUACUUUAAUAUCGCAGACCAAAACAUGACUGUGGAAAACUACGAUCAGUGGUUCGAUCAUUUUAAUACGACCUAUCCAGGAGAGGUGUCUGCUUUGUCUCUAAGGGACUGUGAUCUAAAGAACUUUCUUGACCAGAGUGCUUCUGGAACGGGCCUGGCCUUUAUCGUAUUCACAGAGGCUGUCUUGGAGAUGCCUGGGUCUCAGGUCUGGGCCAUAUUGUUCUUUAUCAUGCUCUUCACCUUGGGUCUUUCCUCCAUGUUUGGCAAUAUUGAGGGAAUCCUGACACCCAUGCGAGAGCUCAAACUGGUCCCAAAGUGGGUCCCCCACGAAGUUUUGACAGGCGCCGUGUGUCUUGUAUCAGUCUUGAUUGGCCUCAUCUUCACCCUGGGUUCUGGUAACUACUGGGUGGAGAUAUUCAACAGCUAUGUGGGCUCUAUACCUUUUCUUGUCAUCGCAUUUUUUGAGAUUGUGGGAGUUAUUUAUAUUCAUGGAAUGAAAAGGUUUAGCGAAGACAUUGAGUUCAUGACUGGGAGGAAGCCCAACAUCUACUGGAAGGCAUGCUGGAUGGUUAUUAGUCCAAUAAUGCUCCUGGUGGUUUUUGUUUCUUAUGUGGUUAUCCAGGCGCAAACAUACCCAACAUAUCCUGCAUGGAAUCCAGACUAUGAAUCAUUUCCUGAAACCGAGAUGAAGCCUUAUCCAGAUUGGGUGUUCGCCAUAAUCGUCAUCCUCAUCGUUGCUCCACUCGUAUCCAUCCCUCUGGUGGCCGUCUAUAACCUGAUCCGCCGUGGAUUAAAAAAGUCUUCAGACAAAGGUUCCCUAAACCCAUACAAAAAUGAAGCCUUUGAGAUCGAAACACAUGAAGUGAAACCAAGGGACUAAAGGACUGACAGAAUCCCAAAGCUACCCCCUCAACACCAAAAAGUGUUUUUUAAUUUUUUAACGGAAGUCUUUUGAUGACUGUUUG